CACAGUUACGGCUACGUAGAAUAACGUAAGCCGUGCGGAACUUUUACUUUCCACCUUCUCGGCCAAUUCACUCCACGCAACGAACGUUAUUUCCUACAAACGUUUUGCGCAUGAAAUCCUAGCAAAACUUUAAUUCAAACUAUAAUAAAAGAACUACGUGAUAUUAAAAUGACAGAAAAGUACAUUGCGUCAGAGUCUUGAGCCUGUGCAAACUGUGUAACACGUCAAUACUUCGUUUGGUCUUUAAUGUCUGUAUAUGAUGGACGAUCGCACCUUCCUUGGUCUGGAUCUCAGUACUCAGCAGCAACAUGGAUCUGUUUAUUGGCAGAAUGGGGCCAAUGAAACUUUGAGAAAUUUGAAGCCUAGUGAGUUUCUUCAUUCCCAAUUAGCCCAUUGUUUCUCAUUAGCCAAUAGUCCUAUUUGGAUGGAUGCCAGUACUACGAAGCAAUGUAAACAGCUAGAAGAUGCAGUAGGUGGUCCAACGAAACUUGCUGAAAUCACAGGUUCCAGGGCAUAUGAAAGAUUUACAGGUUCUCAGAUAGCAAAAAUUUAUCAAACGAAACCGGAUUCUUAUAAAGUAACAGAGAGAAUUUCCCUAAUCAGUAGCUUCCUGUGUUCACUUUUCUUGGGCAAAGUAGCACCAAUUGAUUUUUCAGAUGGUUCUGGAAUGAAUUUAAUGGAUAUUCAUACAAAAAAAUGGGACGAAACUUUACUCAACGCUUGUGCACCAAAUCUUGCAGAAAAACUAGGAGAACCUGUACCGUCAUAUUCUAAUGUAGGGUCCAUAUCAAAUUAUUAUGUCGAACGGUAUAACUUCAACCCAAAUUGUAGAGUCAUUGCACAUACUGGUGACAAUCCGGCGUCAUUGAUUGGAAUGAAGCUGAAUGAGGGGUGGGUGGCUGUCAGUUUAGGAACUAGCGACACAUUGUUUUUGUGGUUAACAGAACCAAAAGUAGUGGUGGACGGGCAUGUUCUCUGCAAUCCAGUGGAUGAAAAUUCUUACAUGGCUCUUCUUUGUUUCAAAAAUGGUUCACUGACGAGAGAAAGAAUACGAAACACUUGUGCUGAUGGAUCAUGGGAUAUCUUCAACCAAUUGUUAGAGAGCACGCCAAGAGGAAAUUUCGGAAAUUUAGGAUUGUAUUACGACAUUCAAGAAAUUAUACCAUUCCUUCAGGGAGAUUAUAGAUACAAUAAAGCGGGAAAUGUAUGUAAAUUCACAAGUUUAGAGGUUGAGGUGAGGGCAUGCAUCGAGGGUCAAUGCUUGCGUAAUAGGGCGUAUGCUGAGGAUUUCGGAUUCCAAGUUGAUAAGAAUACUAAGAUAUUAGCAACAGGCGGAGCUUCGCAAAAUAAGGCCAUUCUACAAGUAAUGGCUGAUGUUUUCAAUGCCCCUGUCUAUGUGCAGGAAGCGGCCAAUUCAGCCGUGUUCGGGUCAGCGUAUCAAGCAAAACACGGCCUCCUCUAUGAAAAUUCCAAAACCUAUUCGGAAAUUACAAAAACAGUUCCAGAACCGAUAUUGGCUUGUGUGCCCUACAAAGAUGCUGCUGAAAUCUACGAUCCAAUGGUGGAGAGAUACAAAAAUGUUAUUAGGGAGCUAACGAAAAAAUGAGAUUCAUUUGAAAGAACUUAACAGACUUGCAAUACUUAUAUGCUGUGAUAGUAUGAACCAAUCCAUUUGUUUUCUCACUAUAAGAUUCUAAUAAUGCAAACGAUAUAUUGAAAUAGCCUUCCAUUGUAACAAAGUUCAUUGAUAACAAUAAAAAAACUAUACCCGUUA